CCAGCAGCAGCAGCCUCUCCUCAGAGAUGGAGAGCUGGUAAAGGUGCAGCGGCGGCGGCUCUUCCCUCCUCGCUCCGGUGGAUGUUGGAUGUACCAUGAGGUCUCCGCGGCUCUGGGCAGCUCUGUGCCUGCUCCUCACCGCCUCCUGCCGGCUCUGCUCGGCCGCCCGACACGGUUGCUUGUUUGAGAAGAAGCUCUGUCCCAGAGAUCAGCUGUGCAACGAUGACGGUUUGUUUGGGCAGUGCCAGGCUCCUCACCAGGAGCCCGUCCAGUACCAGGUGUCUGUGCCCGUCCUCCACAAACUGCAGGAAGUCCUCAGAGACCUGAUGGUGCAAGGUCUGACCUGGAGAGAUGAUGUCACCCAGGUGAUCAUUGGGCGAGAGCUGAGUCACAUUCCUACCAUCAGUUCCUCCUCGAAACUUCAUGAGAAGAUGGCCAAACAACUGUCGGGCUCCAGUCAGCGGAGCGUUCAGGGGCCCGGGGAUCCAUCCGACCCCGAGAUGGUGCAGCAGUAUGUGGACUACAUGAUCCUCGAUCCCUCCCGAUCCUCCGUCCACAUGCAGACGCCCCUGCUGGACCCGUACACCUACCACCAGCAGCAGUAUGGCUACCAGGAGGAGGAGGAGCGCUCCCUCAACUCUCUAGAUGAUAAUCCAGCCUUCCCGCUCCUCGCCUCCCCCUCCCGCUCCGGAUCCAGAGGACUACUGGACCGAGACCGUCAGCUUCUCCAGGACCUGGUGUCUUUUUACCUCACCUCCCCUUCCUCUUCUUCUUCCUCCUCUUCCUCUUCACCCUCGGCUGUUCAGUCCCUCUCUCGUCUCAGAGGGGCUGCAGGUCUCCCCUCUUCACUGUCUUCCUCAUCCUCCUCCUCGUCCUCCUCUUUCUACCCAGAGCUGGACUUCCCUCUGGAUUACGGCGAGGACUAUGUUUCCCAGAUGUCCCAGCUUGGCAAAGAACAGCAGCAGGAGCAGGAGGAGAAGAAGGCACAGAAGGAACACAACACCUUGUCUGGACUGGAUGAGCCCUCUCUGCAGAGACUGGCCGUGCUGCUCGAUCAUUACGGCCUCGACAUGAAGGACUUGUCCCCUGAGCAGAAAGACCACGUGCCGGCUGCUCUGAAGCAGCUGCAGCUGGAGAGCUCCUACGCCCACAAACAAACCAAAGAUAAAUAUGGAGACAAUGCUGCCACAGGGAAGAAGAUCACAGAGGGUUCAGUGCUGCACAAGGUGGUCACUCCAGAGUCUCCACCCUCCACCAACAAGUCCCCCAAACUGGAGGGGCCCCAGAAAGAGCCGAGCCCCACUGUGGCAUCCAACCAGGACAAACUGGGAAAGAAGGAGCCAGCAGCCAAGGCGGAGGAGUACGGCUACAUCGUCACCAACCAGAGCCCCCUCAGUCUGAAUGACGGGGUGCGAGUGUUGGAGCUGCUGUCAGAGAGGAUGGGCCUCUCCACCGGCUCCUUCAUCAACAUCAGUGUCGUUGGACCUGCCAUCACCUUCAGGAUCAGACCCAACUCCAAGAACCUGACUGCUGGAGAUGUGGCAGAGGCAGCAGUUGCAGAGAAGAACCUCCUGGAGUCAGAGAUGGGCCUGAAGGUGCUGCAGAGUGGCGUUGGAGAGAGGAAUAAUGGGAAAGCGCUGCCUUUGGUGACCCGAGUCCACUCUGGCUCCCGCUGGGUGUUUGCCACGCUGGUGGCAAUGGCCUGCAUCGGUGGCCUCCUGGUGGUGGCCAUGAGUAUUGCCUGCCUGCGUCACCACGCCCACCGUCUGGCAGCCAAGAAGCUUGGCCUGGGGCCGGAGGGAGGCAGCUUCAGCCACCAGGAGUACCAGGACCUGUGUCGCCAGCACAUGGCGUCCAAAGGUGCCUUCGGACGCCUGGAAGCCGCCGCCCUGGGUGCUGUGGGAGGAGCGAGCGGAGGGGCAGCGGUGGCAGCGGCAGGCGGCGCAGACUCGAGGGUGAGCAGUGUGUCAUCCCAGUUCAGCGAUGGAGCUCAGCCCAGUCCCAGCUCCCACAGCAGCACGCCCUCAUGGUGUGAGGAGCCAGCACAGGCCAACAUGGACAUCUCUACUGGUCACAUGAUACUGGCCUACAUGGAGGACCACCUGAGGAAUAAGGACCGUCUGAUGAAGGAGUGGGAGGCUCUGUGUUCCUACCAGGCCGAGCCCAGUGCUGUGUCUGUGGCUCAGAGUGAGUCCAACGCCAAGAAGAACCGCUGCCCUGACUCCGUGCCCUAUGAUCAUUCGAGGGUAAAGCUGAAAGUGGAGAUCAACCCGUCACGGUCUGACUACAUCAAUGCCAGUACGAUAAUUGAGCAUGACCCUCGGAUGCCGGCGUACAUUGCCACCCAGGGCCCCCUGCCACACACUAUCUCUGAUUUCUGGCAGAUGGUCUGGGAGAACGGCUGCACUGUGAUCGUGAUGAUGACGGCUCUGGUGGAGGACGGAGAGAAGCAGUGCGAUCGCUACUGGCCCGAUGAAGGCUCGUCCCUCUACCACAUCUAUGAGGUGAACUUGGUGUCAGAGCACAUCUGGUGUAACGACUUCCUGGUGAGAAGUUUCUACCUGAAGAACGUGCAGACGCAGGAGACCAGGACGCUCACUCAGUUCCACUUCCUCAGCUGGCCGGCUCAGGGCAUCCCCACCUCCACACGCCCACUGCUGGACUUCCGCAGGAAGGUGAAUAAGUGCUACAGAGGACGAUCCUGCCCCAUCAUCGUGCACUGCAGUGACGGGACGGGACGGACUGGGACCUACAUCCUGAUUGACAUGGUUCUGAAUCGCAUGGCUAAAGGUGUGAAAGAGAUCGACAUCGCCGCGACACUGGAGCACGUUCGGGACCAGAGGCCUGGGAUGGUUCGCACCAAGGACCAGUUUGAGUUCGCACUGACUGCUGUCGCUGAGGAAGUCAAUGCCAUCCUCAAAGCUCUGCCCCAGUGAAACCAGUAUGAUCCAGACCAGCCUCCAGUCUUACAGACUGACCCUGCCCCCUCACUCUCAUGCUCCUGACUUACUGUUGCUUUUCUCUCUGUGAUGAUUUAAGGUUUUGAGGGUUUUACACUGGCAUUUAUCUGAUCUUUAAAUGUUUGUGGCGCCGAUGUGAUGUGUUCAGGGACGUUCAGAGGAUAAAAAGUGCAUAGAUGUGUUGCAUUCACUGCUCAUAAGAGUGAAAAUUAUACCAGGAUGAUAAAAUUUAAGCUACUCUAAGAAAAUACAUUAAAAUAAAGAAGUGUGGAAGCUGCAUGUCCCAUCAGGCUUAAUGAAACACACUGUGGAGUCCAGGUUCAUUUUGAUUUAUUUUGCCUGACCUUCUCUGAUAUUUGUCUCUGUUUAGCACCUUUUAAACUGCCCCUGGGGCUAUAAAUAAAUCACUGCUGUUCCUCUGACUGUACUUUCCCACCUGACUGCAUGUGAACGAGCCACAGACUCUUUAAACAUCAGAUUUUACUGCAGCCUGUGUGAAUCCACCCCUGAUUUUUUCCUCUUGUAUGUGGUUGGAGUUUGUUGGAACUGUGCUGCUCUUGGUUCAUCGUGCUUGGGUUUGCUCUCUGUGAGGAAGUGAAAUGACUAAAAGCUGAUUUUAAAAAGCCGUUUGAUUUUGAAAGUGUUAAAACUUAAAAAAUCUCCAGUUGUGAUGUUGAAUUCUGGUUGUUGACUCGUCUGUAGCUUCCUCUCCUCACGUGACUAACACCUGCAGAACAUGCAAACACGUCCUUCUCUUUGUGUGCCAUUCAGAUCAUCUGAUGUGGAUAGAUUGUUGUAUACCUCAUGCAAGUCAGAAAAUGGAAUAAAAAAAAAGUACUAAAUGCUAUUCUAUGGAAAAAAUAAAAGCUAUUUUGUAUUUGUGAAAACUUAAAUAAAUCUUUUCGUGUUUA